AUGACGGAAGCUGUGAAGAAGGUUAAAGGGCUUGUCCACAAGUUCCAAAAAGGGACACAGACGCAUGCAUUCUACAUGGGCUGGGACAAGGCUGCAGUUGAGGAAGCUGCCAAGGAACAUCUGUUAAAAGAUCAGUUAAUCGCCCAAAAGGAGACCGAGGAAGCGAAAAAGAAGCAAGAGGUGGAUAUGAAAAAGUACGAGGCGGAGAUGAAGAAGCGCAAGAUGGAGCGCACACGCUUACAUACAUCCUACUUGCGCAAGGCUCGAAAAAAUCAGGCUUCGCCCGUUGGGAGCUACAUCGUUGAUUGUGAAGAGAUUGAAGAGCAGUGGCCGGAUCAAGCAGACAAUAUGACUAUUGAUAUUCAUCCAACUAAUGAACCUGGAAUUUUCAAGGCGGAGUUUGACUUUGGGGUUCUAGAUGGAGUGAUGAUUCUCGGUGCAGACGAGGCAACAGUGGCACGGUACUGCUCUCGGGUAGAUGAGGAUGAUGAUAACAGCGAGGAUGAAGACGAAGAUGAAGACGACUCGGACUUGGAUGACUUGAAGGGAAGCGGGAAAUACAAGACGGGUUCUAAGAGAAAUGCGCCUGCACCCAAACGCGUCAAAAAGCCAAAGAAACCGCAAACAGCGGUGUGCUUACAUAUGAACCGAGUUUGA